UCCUCCAGGCUGGGCUCCAAAUCGUGCAUAGAAGAGCGUGUUUCGUGGAGAUUUUACGGCUUUAUUUCACUCUUUCCCGUCAUUCCUCCGCGCUGAUCCACUGUUUGGAGUUGAAAUACGCCGGCACCAUGGCCCACCUCACGCAAAACCCCGCUGACAAAGAACGGUUCAUCUGUUUGUACCCAGUUUAUAUCAACAGUAAAAAGACUUUAGCCGAGGGACGUAGGAUUCCCACAGAGAAGGCUGUAGAAAACCCAUCAUGCACAGAGAUCAGAGAUGUGCUAACAGCAGCUGGCCUCAAUGUUUAUGUGGAGAAUAAGAUGCAUCCACGAGAGUGGAACAGAGAUGUGCAGUUCAGAGGGAGGGUUCGGGUGCAGCUCAAACAGGCCGAUGGAGAGCUGUGCAAUGACAAGUUCGGCUCACGCAAAGACGUGAUGUUCUAUGUAGCCGAGAUGAUCCCAAAGUUGAAGACACGGACUCAGAAGACCAGUGGAGCAGACAGCAGCUCACAGCCUGGAGACGGAGGCAAGAAAAGCAAGAAGAAGAAGAAAUAAACCCCAAAAGCCCUCUGUUUUACUUCAUACUAACCUAUCAGCAGCCUUUUUUUUUUCUAUUUCGGGGGGGACAAGCUGAGCUUUUUUGAAACAAUGAAACCAUGACAAAGACAUUGCUAUUGUUUUAGUUUUUGAAGAUUUGAUUUGGACAAAACUAAAAGAGGGUAUUUAUUUGUUGAUCAUUUUGUUUUCAACGGGCAAAACAGAAUAAAUAGAUUUUUUCAGCAUGAUCAUGACCGGUUUUAAUAUAUUUUGUUCUUUAUUUUUUCAAUUACUUUUUAAUUUCCAUUCUCAGUUGGUUGAUAAUAGAUUUAGUUGAUGAUUUAUGAAGUUUUAUGCAUGUGUGGUACCCACUAUGGUACCUGGUGUUUCUGGUGAACUCCCAUCCUACUAACCAGGCCCAACCCUACUUAGGUUCCUAGAUCAGGCAUUGUCAAGAUGGUAUUUACACAGUCUUGCCCGAUGAAUACAUGUACACUAAUAAAAGGCAAACACUGGGGGUUGCAGAUGCAUGAUGGUGCCCAAAUACCAUUUAAAAGUAAUACUGAAUAAAGUACUAUAGGUACUGACAAAACUAGCACAGUGAAAGCACAAUGCUGAAGUUAGUUGUGUCAUGACAA